AUGUACCUCACAGCUGAAGGCCUGCCGUCUGACAGGCUGAGAGAACUCGCCCAGCACUAUACUUCUGGCAUGAGUGGACCGGAACUGCAGUCGUUCUUUUCAGAAGUUUUGCAAUCUAAUGAAGUCUGGAAGAUAGGCUUUCUCCUCAUUUCCAGUAGUGGGAUAUCACAGGAGCAGUUUUUCGGUCUAUCGAUUCUGAAUGGUGCAAUUCGCGCCUCUUCUUACAUUAUGUCCGAUGAAUUUACGGCCGAGGUUCGUGCUGCAAUCUUACGCGUUGUCGAGGAUAACACCCGAAUGUCUCAGGUCUCACGUGCAGACAUACGGAAUUCUGUUUUGAAGAAAGCUUUCGAAUUACUAGCCCAGAUGUUAUUCCGGAUUGAGGAUUUUUGGAGCUCUCCCAUCAAUGACAUGUUCGAUCUAAUUGGUUUUGACAAGACAGGCAGCUAUUCAUACAUUCUCUCUUUUUUAACUAUCCUACUCGAGGAAUUUGUCUCCACAAACCUGCCCUUCCACAUGAAUGGAAAGGUCAAGCAGCUCAUUCUGAAUAGCGAGUCCCUAGUAUUCGACCUGUUUCAGAAGCUUAUGGCAUCUCAAUCAGACGAAGAUGUAUUGAUCCAAGUAAUGACUUGCUGUUCUACGUGGAUCUCAUCUCUUUCCCUCGGAUCUGGCGCUCUCGAGUGUUCUGGGCUCAUCUCUCUAAUCUACCAAACCAUGUCCCGUUCAGAAUCCCUAUAUUUGACUGGAUUGGAUUGUCUUAUACUGUUGUUUGAAGCGACUGGCUGUGGAUUGAGUUCAGGUCGCAUCACAGUCAAACUACUUGACUUCCACAUCCUCCAUCUGGCGGCACUACGCAAUAAUAUGAACAAUUUGCUCCAAGCUCAUGCGGCCGCAGUCGAAAAUGGCCUAAAAUGGGAAGAAUUUGAGCAGUGUAUACCAUUAACAAAGUCCAUCCUUUUGCUCCAUACUUUUGUGGAAAAACAGGCGGAUCAGCUCGUCGCACGAGUGCUUUCCUCUUCAGAGCUUGCUUGUCCGUUACGCGACCUUCUGGAGAUGUUUCUUAUCCCACUAUCUGUUCGUGGUCACUAUCCACGGGACGAGGUGGUCAGCGAAUAUGGCGCGCCCAUAUGGUUCAACCUGUUAGACGCCGUUGUGACAAACCGUUUGGAACAUCAAACGGAAUCAUUCGGUUUUCAAUUCCUGAGAGAUAUCCAAAUACGUUUUUUGAAUGCCGCGUUUUUAAAGUGUCACUACCCAUCCGACACGAAUGCGUAUUUUCUUCGAUGGUCCUCUGAAGAACGUGAGGAGUGGCAUAAAUCACGCUCAGAAUUAGGAGACAACUUCAUGAUGGCAUACAGUCAUCAGUACUCGAUGGAUUGGUUUAACGAGUUGCAUGAAAAUCUCUCAACAGUGAUUGUCUCCUGCGAGUUCGAUUCACCUACGUUCCAGUGGCAGGGACUGGAGGCGAUGUUAUUUAUCUUGCGUUCAAUCCACGAUCAAGUUUCCUACGAGGUAGCACAUGAAAAUAAAGCGAGCUUCCAAUGCGCUCUCACUGUUGUGCAGCAAUCUGUGCACCUCAUAUCCCGGUUACAACCUGUCCUCCUCGGAUCCACGAUAGAACCGCGCUGCGAUGAGUGGGCAACUGGGCACUGUCUACUGUCGUGCACACUUUUUGACAUUUUGUGUGAGUACCCACCAACUUUGUUGUCCUCGGAGCUGCCUGCGGUUGCAGAAUACCCAACGCAUCAAUGGUGUGGUGCCAUGCUCCAUUUUAUCUUGUCAGCUUUUAACGGUUUACCACACCUCAAGGUGCAUCGGGAGGUCAAGAUUGCACUUCUUCAUUCGACAUUGAAGUUUUUUCAAGUAUUUAUCCAGGUAAGUUGGAUUGUUUUUCGUCCGUAA